AUGCAAGAGGCUGAGUUCAAGGGGAAGAAACUCUCAACGAGCUCGGGAGUCGUAGUUUCUCGGACGUUGCAAGCCCGAAGUGAGCGUAUGGACGCGCCAUGGCCAUCGGAGAACACGCAUGCAAAUAGGAAGUCGUUGGCUAUUGGUCUGGGUAAAGUACAGGUUGUCAGCGACGAGACUAUGGGUACAAGUAGAGCUCUUCUCUCCCAACCCUUUUCAACAGCAUGGCAAGCUCAAACAGAAAUACCUCGCUCUCAAAGGUCGCUCAACCAUUCUGGGAAUUCUUCUACGGCUGUGAAGAACACGUCAGGACUGCAUAAGAGGUCAGGAAAACUCUCAACGAUUGCUCCCCCUGGCGCCGGCAAUGAGUCAGAAGUUGUCAAAUCUUUCAACCUGUCAACGAUGACGACGAGAGAUGUUCAUGUCCCUGACGCGCUCGACAAGUUGAAUUCGCUCAACCCUCGUGAACUCGUCGCCUCCAAGAUCCCGGCGACCCAUCUUGCGGACGUAUCGGCGCAUGAUUCGAACAUGGACAAGAGGGAGAAGAAAGUCAGGCACAGCAAGCGGCCGACGUUAGCCCUGCAGGAAAUCCGUCAGAAGAAGGAGCAGGAGAUUGAGACGAAGAAUGAGAUGGAGCGACGGAGAUCUGCCGUGAUGGCUCUGCUUCAGGAGAUCCGAGAUCAGGCAAGUUUUGAGGAUUCUGUGUUGUGUGUUGACGGCCUGCCGGGCCACAGAGAGAAUGAAUUCUGCCAGCACCGACGAGGUUCCCUAGCACAAGCUUGCUUGUUGUACAUCUCUGACAGGCCAGAUAAAGCAGCCAAAAAGUCCAAGGGGUUGAGCGGAUCUUCGCUGUCGUCAAAGUCUUCUCGUCAACGUUCCCGGAAGCAUGAGCAGCUGACCUCCAAUCUCUCUGGAAUCCCGUGUUUGGUUGCGGGAUCCUCUUCGGACAUCUCCUUGUCGUCUGCUCAGUACUGCAACUCUGACGACGAACCAACUUGUGAGAGCACCGGCGUCCACUCGCUCGAGGAAUCUUCGGACUUCCACAAGAGCUCCAGGUCCUCAACGUGGAACUCACUGUUGGACAAAGCAGAGCACAUCCUCGAGCGGCAGGUUCUAGACGAGUCCUCUGUCAUGCAGAAGAAAGUUGAAAAACAUGAUCCUCAUUGCUCCGGCCGAACUACGGCAGAGAUCAAACAAUACAUGCAGCAAAAGCGCCAGGAGCGAGAGAAAUCAGCGAAGAAACAGAAAGAGUUGGACGCUCGCAAGCAAGAUAAACUGAAGUCGAAUCUGGAACAUCUCAUGCAGACCGUCAGAAGCAACAGGGAGCAUAUCGGAAAGCAGGUCUCCAAGAAGCAAGAGAGUCUUCAGAGUGGAUCGGAAUCUUCGUGUGGGAAGCUUCCAAGUAUGCACAAGUCAAAGGGACAAGACAAGAGAGUCAUGCCGAUGAGGAAGAAAGAAAAGGCGGAGAACUCAACGAGGGUGGCAAAGAGCUCAACCAACAGCGACUCGAGCGAUCUCGAGGGAUGGACCGACGACGAGUGGUUACAAACAAACUCUGCCAGGAGGUACUUGGACUUGGACCCUACCCUCCCUUUUCACCCCCCAAGGAAGUUCCUCGACAGCUUCGAAGAGAGCAUUAGAUCUGAACUCCUGGACAUCCUCUCCGACCGCAUAGGACUCGAACCCACUUUGAAGCGCAGGGACGAGAGGUUUGAAGACCUUGCGGAUGUAGGCGAAGAAAAGCUCCCUGAUCCGCAAUCGAUCAUCGCCGCCUCUAGGAAAGCUGCCGACUCUCUGCUCCAAUCCCUCGCUGCCACCAUGAAGCCUCAUACAUCCACGAUUCCUCCUAGAGAGACGCAGGCAGGCAAUUUUGUGCUUGCUCAGGCCCUUGACACGCCGAUGGAGAGAGGAAAGGAGGAGGAGGAGGAGGAGGAGGAGGAGGAGGAGGAGGAGGAGGAGGAGAAAAACGAGGGGCACAAGGAGCUGGGCUCGAGAGAAUUUACAGGAGCUGACAUUACGAUCGAAGAGAUCGACAUAGAGGAGCUCGAUCUCUCUCAUAGACCAUCUCAAGGUCACAUUUCUGUUCGCGAAGAGGAUCUACAAGAUUCGAGGGACGCGCCGUCGCAAGGGAACAUGUCGAUGGAAGUGUCAUCCCAUUGUGAAGAUGGGGCGGAGCUGUCAGCCAAGAGAGAAUGCGAUGAACUCGAAGAGAAAGACCUUGAUUGGGUUAUCAUGUCAGAGGUUGAUGAGGACCGAGAUCGAAGGGAGCAUCGUUGCGCUGUUGAUCGCUCGGAACACUCGAUCGAGGAUUACAUCCACCAUCGGCAACUUGAGGAUCAGGAGUACAGAGCCGUCAUGGAAGAAGCUGCUCAGGGAAGCAACAAGUCUUCAUUACACGUCAGUCUGAUCGGUUCGCCGUGUGUUGACGCAAGAGAUCGAUCUGACGAGCUCGAUGCGAACCAAGUCCUCUCCCCCCUGGAGCCCAUCAACAUUAUGUCAGACGUCCCAUCGCCCGUCAACGACGAUCGGAUCACCAGGGACGCGUUGAGCCUGAUCAAGAGGUCGCUCGAGGAGGAGGAUGGAACUUGCAUGCAGCAUUUCACUCUCCUGAGAAUGCGGGAGCAGGCGAUCGAAGAGAAGGCUUCGAUUGAGCUUGACAGACUCUCUGCUGCGCGUGGCCAACUUGCGGGCCAACGUGAUCGUUGCGCCCUGGAGAGUCUGGAGGAGAUCGAGGAGAUGGAAAAGAGAAUUUUGUCGCAGCUGUCGGCUGAGAAGCGGGAGAUCGCUGAUCUGAGGCGGCAGAUCAAAGAGGAAAGACGCCGAAAGAGAUCGGAGCUUGAGAGGAGGUCGCAGGUCCUCGUUGAGAUGAGGAUGGACACGAUCAGCUGCCAGGAGAAAGUGGAGCAGUCGCAGCUGGAUGAAACCACAUGUUGGAAUCUCGAGGAUUUGAGAAACUCUCCCAGCUGUCCAGGCACUCCUUCCUCUAUGGUGGCACCUUCGCCAAGUCCCAACAAGCGAAUCCCAUCGGCCACGACGGGAACACCUUCAUCCAUGGUCGCCCAGAGCCCCUUGCCAGGAAAGGCAAGAGCUAGGCCCAAGUACCUUGAUGAAGAUGAUUCGGAAUUGAUGGAUUCGGUGAUGGAGGAUGAAAGCAUAAAGGAAGGUUCAGAGGACGAUUUGUCUGACUUAGAGGGUUCGGCGGUGAAGCGAGAGGGUUUUGCUCAGAAACUCAAUACUUUGGAGGAAUCGGUCCAUCGCAGUCAGAAUCAGGAGAACGAAACGAGGAAUGGCGAUCAUCAAGACUUGUCAAGGGAUGCGGAAACAAUGCAUCAUACACACUUUGAAAAGAACACGUCAAACUUUACCUUUCUGACAGACAGUGCCGGCAGCUUCAGCCCUCAACGCCAAGGCAUUGUGUUCAAAGAUUCGGAAGACAUUGGGGAUAUCAAUAAUUCUCCCUCCAAAUCAUUCUUGAAUGGAACGAACAGCAAAUUGAUCCAAAUCCAAUUUCCGGUCCACCAGAUCAAGAAACAGGGCACGUCUGACAUAUUGCAGCGAGAGGGGAGCCUGGACCGGUCGACGGAGGAGGCGGUCAGGGCGAAGGAGGACGAGGAGGCACGGGGCGCAGAGGUCAUGGCAGGGGACGAGGAGCCCCAGGAGGAGGAGGAGGAGGAGGAGUCCGACAGGUGGGAGGAGGAGGAGAGCCUGGACCGGUCGACGGAGGAGGCGGUCAGGGCGAAGGAGGAGGAGGAGCCAGCCGAGAGGGGGGAGCCAGCCGAGGAGGAGGAGGCACGGGGCGCAGAGGUCAUGGCAGGGGACGAGAAGCCCCAGGAGGAGCCUGCAACUGAUGGCCUUGAGUCUUGUUUGGAUGCCAGGCGCACCGAGGAGGCUGAUGCUUCCAUAUUUGAUGCGGUGAUGAAGAGUCAAUCUCACUACAAGCGAGCAAAACCUUCAAAGUUGACCGGGCUUGACAAGUUGACAGAUGAGUUUGUAUCGGACGAGAGCAUCUCAUCUCAGAAUGACUCGGGGAACGGAGGAGAUUCCAUCAAGUUCCACUUCGACUCGCAGACGGAUGCGGUGGAUAUGAAAGAGAACAAUGCCCCCUCUCCCUCGAACCUCUCGCCACCUCAGCCUGUCAACUCGCCUUCAAGGGUUGCUUGUCUGUACCCCAAGCUGGGAGAGAUGUCGCGCCUGAAUCGCCUGGUGGACGAGCAAGCUCCGGCUCCGCGGGUCAAGGGGGUCGCAGAGAAGUUCGUUCAGCUCGAAAGAGGGGCGAAUGGACAGGAAGAUUGCAGCGGACGCGAGGGAGGCGGCAUUCGAUUCCCUGAUGGAACCCCUGGUAGCCUUUCCCCCACUGUCGAUUCUCCUCCCCUCGCGCCCCCGUCGGUUCACCAGCGGAAGCAGAAGCUUGACAGCGUGCCGGCAGUCUCAGACAUGCUGCUGGACGAGCUCGUGUCUGACUCGCUCGCCAUGGACCUCCGAGCUCCGAGCCAGCUUGACUCGUCUCCUCACAGCGCCAGCAGCUCGACCUCGUCGGAUGCCCAGAUCCUGUCGGGCUGGAACGAGCAAGACUUCUCCUUCCACUCGGAUGAUUCGGGAGGCAGCGCCCGCAAGGCAGCUAGCCUCCUGGAUGAGAGGACCGUCUCCUCAAGGAUACUUUUGAGCGCGGUGGAGGACCUCUCCUCUUGCCCGAGGUCGACGGCGUCUGCAGUCCUCUACGCCGCGGAGCUCCUGGACUCAGUGGACGACAAGGGCAUGGAGGAGCUGAGGGAGCUCGACGUCAUGACUGACUUCCUGAACAAGGAGAAGAAGUUCGCGGGGCGGCGGACGGAGGCCCAGCAGAUCUUUCACAAGUUGCUCUUCGACCUGAUGAACGAGGAGAUCAGCAGGAUGCAGAGGGCGCAGUCGGUCGUCAAGGGAGCAGAGGGGGUCAGGAGGGAUCUCCUCAAGAGGAUGGCAGAGGUAUGCGCCUCCUCGGAGCUGACGGUCAGACAUGCGCACGGGGACGGGAAGAGCGAGCUGGACUGGGAGCUGGAGGAGAAGGUGCUGGAGCGAGCUGUUGAGCGGUCCGUACUUGAAAUGGACAACAUCCUAAUGGAUAUCAAGGCAGAUGAGGAGCAGAUCAUGGCUGAAGUAGCCGACAGCUUGUUCGAGGAGCUGGUGCAAGAGUCCGUGGAGACUCGCUGUCUGGGCUAG